UUUGGUGGAAAAAAAUGUUGAACUUAAAGCAGCCUCUAAGUUUAGUAACUUGUGCCUCAAAUUGCCUUAUUGAAUCAGUGCAAUUUUGGAAUUCCUGUCAAUUUGAUGUCCAAUCUUUAACCAGUUUACAAGAGUAUCUCUUACUUAUUCCUAAUAAUCUGUUUGAUCAGUGGGCGGAAAAGCUUUUGUUAUCGUUAAGUAGAACACAAAGGAAAAGCGACGCUCACUUUCUCGUUUUUAGUACUGCCUUGACGCGACUAAAUAUUGAUGAUUUCCCCACCUUACCAGUGAAUGUUACUGUUCUGUGUGAUUACUUUAGAUUUGCUACAAAUUUAAAGUACUUGCGCUGUCAGUAUGCACCUUUCUUCUGGUCUCCUUCAGACUUAUUUAUAUUCCAGAAUUCAAUUGUCUGUUUUAAAAACCUUCAAAAACUGACGUUGUGCAACAUCGAUCUUAUGGAAAGUCCAUCAUUUUUGGAGACUGUUGGAAAACAAAUCACCAGUCUGAAAGAACUUGACAUCAGUUAUGGGAAGAUUCCUUCACAAAGUUAUGGUAAAAUAUGUGAAAAUUUUUUACAUCUAGAAGUGCUCAGAAUGAAGCAGCAUUCAGAAGAAUUUCGUACCAUCACAUACAAACAUGUUAUGCAACUUCUAACUUGUUUAUUGAGGCUUAAAAUUUUGGACGAUGAUACAACAAUAUGGAGUUGCAUCUUACCAGCAUUCGCACAACUCAGCAAGGAAAUGUAUUCUGAUUUGUGUGCUUCUAUACACCAUCUUACUAUCUACCAGUGUUCGGAAGUAAACGUAAAAUUUACGAAAAAGGUUUUAAGCGUGUGCCUGGACAGUAGAAUCUUUAAAGAGUCAUCCCGCACAGACAUAGCAGAUGUAAACACUUGGCUAUUCAACAGUUUUCCUGCACUUCAGUCGAUUGAUCUUCGUCUCGAAAACGUACGGUUUUCAGCAAUUGAAAGGUUUUUUCAAACCAAAAACGUUGGAUGGAAGAUACAUUCCAUUUUUCUUUCAAAAAUCCCGCUUAAUUUUACAAAUUUUCAAAUAAUUGGAAAGUACGCAAGUAACCUUAAAAGGUUUGAAAUCAUCAAUCAACUUACGUUAAACGCAAUGAUGGAUGAUCAGUACAUCGCUCCAGACGUUAACGGCCGUUUGACUGAGCCAUACUUUGGACAUCUUAUACAUCUUUCUUUUACUGGAGCCUGGGAAGAAAAUAUUACAUGUCUUUUAUUGAAUCACUGUUUAUUGCUACAAGAGCUCAUUCUUAAACCAACCACCAUAUCAGGAACAUUCCUCAAGCAUAAUCCCCUUCGAUAUUUGCGUCGACUCAUUUUUGAUACAUCACACUUGAUUUGGAAUUCUUCAGAUUUAGAAAUGUAUUUUCUUCAACGUGUCCUUCAGUCAACAAGUUCUCUUAGAGAAAUUGGCCUUAAAUCGAGACCUUCUGAAGAAUGGGAUUGCCUUCUUCAACAAUUAAAGAUUGCGAACUGUGAUCUACAUAUAUUUCGAUCCACGAUUUAAAUGCGAUGCCUGAUUCCAAAGAUUUAUUUCAAUUGUAAACCCUGAUUCAGAGUUGUGAUCGCCAUAAUAAUGAGUAAAAAACCCAGUUUUUCAUUAAGUCGCACACUCACACAAACAAAAUACAUUAAUCUGCUUUUAAAACAACA